ACGGCGGAUCCAUCGUGACUUCCGUUGACAAUGUUGCCAGGAAAACUCAAGCUCCCGAUGAGGUGGUCUCUUCACUGCUGUUGUCAGCGCAUGAUGCCGAUACAUUGGGCUGAGCGAAAAUACCCAUUCGAGCAACAAUGAUGUGUUGGAUCAGAAAAACUCUGUUUGCCUUGACUACGCAAAUUUGCCCGCAGAUGGCGACGAGGACCUACUAAGUUACCACUCGGACUUCGAUUAUUAUUACACCCAAUCACUCUCCGACUCUUCUGAUUCGGAACAAGACUGCCCAAAAAGUACUCAAAACGUGGACGUAACGCCGAGUCCGCGUGGCUCGGUAUAUCAAGAAGCGCACUUUCAACCCGGCACCUCUGCUGACACGAUGCGUAGCCUCGGUGAACGCGCUCUGACGACACGUCACCCCCGCACUCCACAUGACGAGCACGAGUGGCGUGGACAAUGUGGCUUACCUGACAGGUACACUAGUGGUGGUGACCGCAGAGGAUCUGAACAGGAAAUGUAUAGGCAAGUGAGCCGCCGUUCGAGCAGCCGCGCCGGUAAGGACCAGGGUGGCAGUAGAGUUGGAGGUGUCGGCAGCUCAGGAGAUAGACACCACACCCGUGAGGCUUCGUCAAGUGCAACUUCGGAUUUCAGUUCGUCUUCGGCAAACGAGGACGGUAACACUAUUUACUACAGUAUCGACGGCGUCUCCAACGGUCCCUCGCGCACUCAUUCUCCCCUACAAUCCCGGAUACCAAGAACAGGUGGUGGCUCAGAUGAUGACAUACCCCUUGCCCAGCGCAUGCCUACUGCUUUGAAAGCACAAAAGUCAAUCAGACAGCAACUUCGCGACGAGCGACACCGGCGGAAGUUGGACCGUGCUAAAAGCACCCAUCCGCCCCCUCCCGUCCCCGCCCUUCCCCCCACAACAGCACCCGUGGUCCCAAGUUCAAGGAGUCUUGCGCAUGAUGGUCGGAAACGAUCAGCUUCGUCUGCGGCGCCGCCCCGGACGGGUUCUCUCUGGCCAGACUCUAGCUCUUCCCAACCCUCGCCCAUCCUACCUGAAGAUUUGUCACGAAAGCUCAUGCAACUUCAAACAUCCUCUUCAGGUUCUGCAGAGCAAGACCUUUCUGUGCCUUUCUUAAGGAAAGCGAAGCUCGCUCGUUCCACCACGACAAGUCCUACCCGAACACGUCACCCAGAAGGUGUCGCAUAUAUGCAACAGUCGACUACGCGAGGUUCUGAAGCACCAUCACAGAACCGGCCGUUGAAAUCUGCGCCUCCGUUCCAACGUCCUGAUCGCCGUCAUGCUGAGCCAUCGCGGCAACCAUUUGAAGCUGCAUCAGCGCAAUCUCUCGGACGAAGCAUGACCGUAGGAGCCCGGCACUCACCAGAUGACAUCCAUGGACAUGUUUCUGCGGAGGGGAACACUCGUUCUGUACGAAACGGCCGGGACACGCAUGCAGGUCAUGAACCAAUCGUCAGAUCAGGACGCGUUAGCGAAGAUAACUGGAGACCUUCUGGUAGCGCAUCUCGACCGUCUGUUGAUCCGGAAAGUAACACGUCCAAUCAACGUGUCGUACAACGUCUACCUCUUCCCGCGGUAACACCUCCCUCGACAUCUCCGCUCCAGCCUUCGAAGGUUUCUGUGACCCAACAAAGGAUAUUUAUUGGUGAUAUGCAACGGUUCAAUACCGUCGAAAUCGCGUCGAAUACCACUGCUGGACAUGUGGUCAAGCUUAUGACUAGCCAAGGCAUUCUUGACAAAUCUGGGUCAUGGAUGGUAUUCGAACUGGCUCAAGAUUAUGGCAUGGAGCGACCGGUUCGAGACUAUGAAUUACUGUCAGAUGUUUCAGCAUCGUGGGACAAGGACAAACUCUUAAAUGCUUUCGUUAUCAAACCCACGCCCUUGGCACGGUUGUUAAGCCCAUCUGCGAUACCCAGCUGCUCGCCUACACACAGAGGCUGGAUAGAAUGGGAGAGCAAGCGCGGGAAAUGGAGCAAACGCUGGAUGGAGUUGAGAGAACAUGGUUUAUGGCUGUCCAAACGCGAUACGGGGAAAGAUGAGACCUUUUUAUGCUCGGUGUCGAACUUUGACGCAUAUUAUGUUACUCGGCGGCAUAAGUCACCCAAGCCUUUCGUAUUUGCCAUCAAGUCAACGGACCAUCUUUCCCUGUUCGAGAACGCCGCCGACUACCUACAUGUAUUUUCUUGCAACCAGAGAGACGGCGAAAAGUGGAUGGAGGCUAUUUUGGUCGCUCGGUCGUACGUACUUCACCAAGAAAAGCAUGUAUUGUGUACUGGACCGACCGAAGUGCUUUCACAAGCGAAACCGCUGUCGCGCACUCGGACCAGGAAGCAAUCCGUGUCAGGUCGACCUGCCCAACCUUUGAUUAACGUGCCUCCUCCGUUUAGUGUUUCGCCAACUGCCAAUGUGGUUUUCGAGCCCGGCUCCUUGCUGGCCAAGCGGAAGGGCGACCCACAGACAUGACACGUCAGACGAUUUUGAUUUUUUGUACUUAUAUUACGAUUGUCUUCUGGCACGGAUACUUUCGGCUUCAGCAUAAUGGUAUGGCCAUAGUUUGU